UACGAAAGGAAUUACCUUUCGUAACUACGUCGCGCUGCCGGUUCGUAUUUUGUGUGAACGAAUCGAAGCUACAUUUUUAGCAGUUCAGUUUUACUUUUUCUGCAAAAUCGGCAAAAAUAUUCCGUUUCGCCACGAUUUUUCUUCUAAAAUUUUGAUCUUCCUCCGGCGUCGAUUCUGUUUGCGAUUUGUGAUUAUAGUGAAGCUACACUUCAACUAAUAACAAUGCCUGGAAUGUUGGAGAAAUCUGCCUCGGAGGCCGAUAAACAUCUGAGCGAUAUUACCGCCAUCGUUUGCUCGCAGGACCACGUAUUCACAUCCGGAGGUGAUGGUACGGUAAAGGUUUGGACCAAAGAUCUUUCGCUAACAAAAGAAAUUGCCGUCCACGAAGGAUGGAUUUAUGCGAUGGCUGCCGACUCCCACGGUCGAAUAUAUACCAGCAGUAGCGACGGCACCAUCCGUUGCCUGCCCAAUCCGCUACAAUCGAACGAAAUCAAAGAACUAGUUAAGUGUGGCGAUGAUAUCGAAUCACUUUUCGUAGAUAGCAAAGAUAAUCUCUACAGUGGCGACGAUAAGGGAAUCGUCACCAUGUGGGUGGAUCACAGGAUGAAGUUCAAGUUCAAUCUGGCCGAGGAGGUUCGCUCAUUGGCUAUCCAAAACAAUAUUAUUUACUCGAUUCGGGAAAACGAUCUGACGAUCACGGAGGUACUCGAAGGAUCGGCCAAUGGUCGAUAUAUGACCAAGGCAAGCAUUCCCGGUCGAUGCCCCGUAGCGCUGUGCGGCAGCUGCACAAAUGGUGUCAAUAGCAACGUAGCGAUCGCCACCCGUGACGGUCACGGUAUAGUGUUUAUCAAAAAUAGCGCCAAGGAGCAGUAUCGAGUGCUGUGGACUAAAGAGAAAGCUCACGACAUGAUUAUCAACUGUCUUUUGGGCGCUGACGAAUACAUCUUCUCGGCCGGCUACGAUGGUUUCGUUAAGCAAUGGCUAAGUGCGGACAAGGAGCCCAAACUGCUAGCGGAAGUCAACCUAGGCGGUGGGUGUCUAAAUGCGGUUCAACUGGGAGCAGACAACUGCACGGUGUACGCCGGAGGAAGUGAUGGCAUAUUGAAGCUGGUCAAAUUUUCCUAAUGAAGUCCUCGGCAGCCAAGGGACUGAAGUGACAACCGGAGUCAUACCAAAAAGUUAUACAAAAGGAAGAUGCCAUGUAAAGGAAGCUUGCCGUGAAAACCACUGAUCAAACAAGUGUUUGCUGGUCGCAUGGACAUAUGUUUUUUUUAUCUUGUAGUAAGCUAGUAAGUCAAUCGUACGCCAAAGCAAAUUUGUUUCCUAUGAAAUUAGCAUACAAUGGGGAUAUUUUUUUAAAUAACAUUACUCCAUUGAAAAAAAAAGAACAAUGGGAAUGAUAAAUAUCGAAA